AUGACUGUUUCUCAGACAGAAGUAAUGCGACUUGGAAUCCGAUGCAACUUGCUUCCUGCAGAUCUAAAACUAGGAGAUCCUUGCCGCUCGUCUUUUGAAUGCCUGCAUCACUUGCACCACAGUCACUGUGAUUGGAACUCGCGGACUUGCACAUGUCAACCUUAUCAUUUCCAGCUAAACGACACUUUCUGCCUUCCUGCAAGCCUUUUGGGUUACAAUUGCGCGGUUGAUCAGCAAUGCCAGAUUAAAGUGAAAAACAGCGAAUGUUCAUCUGGAAAAGUCUGCAAAUGCAAGGACGACUUCAUGCCUCUCAGGAAGGAUAAAUGCUUACCACCUGCACCCAUCGGUGACUAUUGCUUAAAUGAUAGACAGUGCCAGAUGGCAAUUAAAUUUGCCAAGUGUGUAUACAUCAUCCCUAAAAUCUAUGGAAAAUGUGCAUGCCCGUUGGGCUUCUUCCAAACGGCCGACGGCCAGUGUUAUCCACAUCUUGGGGGUGCGUGCCAGGUUGACAACGACUGCAAACAGACGACUCCGAACUCCCGGUGUGUUAAAAAGGGCAAGUACCGCAAGUGCCAAUGUGCGCCAGGUUACAAGACUUCCGGCAGGGGAAUUACUUGCGAAAUGGAUGAAGAACUGAAAAUCUCCGUCGGCAAAAUUAGCCCAGUUUCCCUCGGAAAACCCUGCUUGAGUUCGAGUCAAUGCCAAGCCAGGGAUCCGUACUCGCAGUGUAUAAAAGGUCGAUGCGAAUGCAUCAGAGAUUCACCUAAGUGCAGCUCUUCUCAUACCCAAUGCUUAAAUGACACGUUCCAAUGUACCAACGGCCAGUGCAUUUCUUGGUAUUUUGUAUGUGAUGGCGAACGUAACUGUUUGGAUGGAACUGAUGAAGAUAUUUGCCAAGCAUUUAACUGCCCUAUUCAAUCAUUCCAAUGCAACGACGGGACAUGCUUGCCCCGGUCAGCUGUAUGCAACGAACGUUGGGAAUGUCCAGAUGGGAGUGAUGAAGCUCGCUGUUACAAAGGAAUUCCCUGCGACCGGAACAGCUUCAAGUGCAGCAAUGGGGAGUGUCAACCGAUGUAUGCCUUCUGCAACGCACAUAGUGACUGUAAAGACGGCUCGGACGAGAAUUACCUAGCCUGUGAACAUGGAGAAGGCUGUCCGCCUAACACCUUCCGCUGCAACAACGGCCGAUGUCGAUCUACCGCUGUUUUGUGCAGCGGAACAGAUGGCUGCGGUGACAACAGUGAUGAAGACCGAUGUGAAGUAUGCCUCUGUGAAAAACCAGAGUAAAUUGAUGCCAACUCUUCGAGCUCGC